GAUAGAGCUAUCCCCUCCCUCCCCAUCCCUUGGAGCCAGCAACUCCACUCCUGAGUCCUCACCUCGUGCUGCCCGCGCCAUUUCCACCUCCCACUGUCCUUUCGUCCAGUCCCCAGCCCUGCAGCCCAACCGUGGAGGUUCUGGAAGGCGGUGUAUCCCUUCUAGAACCUUCUCGAGAUGCAGAGCGCCGCGGCUUUCCGGCCAUGCCCCACUCGGCUGCUGGUGAGCAGCCCUUGUCGCCCCCUCCUCUCGGCCCGCCCGCUUCGUGCCUCCGCCGCUGGCGCCGUCGCUACCAGAAGCAGCGCCGUGGGCCCUCGCGGUCUGGGGCUCGGGCUGCUGCCAGCCUCGCCCGAUCGGGAUGGCAAGUGCCGCCAGCGACAGGUGUCAUGCAGCGCGGCCGGGGAUGCUGUGGCGGCCCCGAAGGCGGAAGAAGGAGGCGGGCUCAUGAAGACGCUGUGGCUCGGCUCGCUCUUCGGCCUCUGGUACCUGUUCAACAUCUACUUCAACAUCUAUAACAAGCAGGUACUCAAGGUUUUCCCAUACCCUAUAAACAUCACAGAAGUUCAAUUUGCUGUCGGAACUGUAGCAGCUCUGUUCAUGUGGAUCACUGGUAUUAUUAAGAGGCCAAAGAUUUCUGGAGCACAGCUUGUAGCCAUCCUACCUCUGGCUAUUGUUCAUACUAUGGGCAAUCUCUUCACCAACAUGAGCCUUGGGAAAGUUGCAGUGUCAUUUACGCACACCAUCAAGGCUAUGGAGCCUUUCUUUUCUGUUAUUCUUUCUGCAAUUUUCCUUGGCGAGCUACCUACUAUUUGGGUAGUAUCUUCUCUUCUUCCAAUUGUUGGUGGUGUUGCAUUGGCAUCUCUUACUGAGGCAUCCUUUAACUGGGCUGGCUUUUGGAGUGCAAUGGCUUCAAAUGUUACCUUUCAAUCCCGAAAUGUAUUGAGCAAGAAGCUCAUGGUUAAGAAAGAGGAAUCCUUGGACAACCUUAAUCUCUUCUCUAUCAUUACAGUGAUGUCAUUUUUCCUUUUGGCCCCUGUUACCUUCUUUACAGAAGGUGUCAAAAUUACUCCUACAUUUUUGCAAUCUGCUGGUCUGAAUGUAAACCAAGUCCUUACAAGGUGUCUUUUCGCUGGACUGUGUUUCCAUGCAUACCAACAGGUGUCUUACAUGAUUUUGGCGAUGGUGUCUCCUGUCACUCAUUCUGUGGGCAACUGUGUUAAACGUGUUGUGGUCAUUGUAACAUCAGUGCUGUUCUUCAGGACACCUGUUUCUCCUAUCAACUCUCUCGGUACUGCGAUUGCACUUGCCGGAGUUUUCCUGUACUCACAGCUCAAGCGACUUAAGCCCAAGCCGAAGACGGCUUAAAUAGGGAUUGUAUUUUCCAUCUCUUUGUGUUAAUGGAGUUAAACACUUCUAUGUUUCAGGUGACUGCAUUUUAAAAGAUUUGUGCUUAUAACAACAACAAAGUCUUUUAGUCUCAAGCAAGUUAGAUAGGCUAGGGUUAAAAACCGAAACACCUCCCCCCACCCCCCAAAUUAAAGAUCAGUCACAUGGAUAAGUGUUUUCCAUGUACUUCUAUUUAAGUCUAAAUCUUUAGAUAUAUAUCAUCAUUUGAAACCUU